UAACCGGAUACUUUUGAUAGUUCCUAUCACUAUAUUUAAUAUUCUCAAGAUUUCAAACAAAAAGAAUAUGUAGAGUUCGCUAUACGUUUGCUCAAUCAACGUUUCACACUUCCAAAAAUCAUCAAGCCAAUCUCACAUAACACGAAAACUUUACAAACUCGCAUUUCUCAGCAUCGUGUCAGCACGAAGCUAUUCAAUUCAACGGCGGAAACUUGCUGCACGAACCACGUGUCCUACAAUUCCCGAACUUUUUAACGCGGCCGUGUUUCCACCGAGGAAAAUAAACGAGUUCGUUCGAAACAAAUGCCGCGACGUUUCCGAAACGUGCUCCAGCGAAGAAUCAGCGUGGCGCGCAUCGAUUUGACUUCCAAAUGGGACUGUAGAAAGCGAGAUCACGUUCGGGACACCGGUUUUCGAGGUAGUCAGUCGUCUGGUAGCAGCGAACGACAACGAAUCCAUGCGAAGUGAAUUUUAACACGGCUCCAUCCGUCGAUUCCUCUCGUUUAACCGACUUUCCACUCGCGUACUCGCGUUCAUACUAACUUUGAAAUACGCCUCGUGUUUCGAUACUUUGGUACAUUCUUACUCUUUCUUUUUUCUUCUUUCUUUUUUGUGUUUAUUUAUCUCCGUCGUUCGUUGACCGCUAUUAUCGUAGCUUUAUCACGACACUGAUAAAUAGUCCCCUUCUUGCUCGUCGAGAUACGGAAUGGUGCACGCAAUGAGAUGAAUGAAACGUUAAGGAAACAACGAGCUACGUCGACCAUUCUUCGCGUUUUCUUUCUCGGUACGAAGCCAGCUGAACGGCUAACGUGAAACAAUGGAGAACAAUCUUACGAACGAGGUGAAAGAGCUGUGGGUCGUUUACGUUUGGUGGUCAUGCGUUCUCAUUCUGAAGAUGAACGUCCUGACGUGGUUAACUGGGCGAAUGCGAGCCGCCAGACGGGUGAUUCACAGCAAGGAGGACAAAAUGUGGUUCACAGGUACCGACAUAAUUUUAUGUCCGACUGGAGGCGGUCACGAGGACGUGGUUCGCAUCAGAAAUGCACAUCAACACGAUCUUGGAAUUGUAAUCCCUUAUCUGCUAAUUACACCGAUAUGGCUGACUACGUCACCGCUGUUUCCUAUGGCUAGAUUGAUUUUACCCGCUUUUGCAGUAGUUAGCAUAUUACGUACGUUGCUCUACAUUAAAUUCGUGGGCCUGCAUCGUUAUUGCAUAACAAUUCUGUCCACCGCGGAACAUUGCAUUCUAACUUACAUGUCCGUCGUAUCUGCGUUUUACUACGCAUAUUGAUCUCAGUAUAGUAAUAUAUGUAUUUCUUGCAGUUCUAGAAACGUGAUCGUUGCAUUUUGAUACGAUAAGUAGCUGCAGCGUUCAACGUGUCUCGUGUCGCGUAAAUCAGUACAUGUAGACGUUAUCAUUAGUACGGUUUAUAAAGGUCUUUUUAAUAAAAUUAAAAUAUGAAAGAAA